CUCUCUUUGGCAUUCAUCAAACUUCAGAGCUUAUCAUAUUCACUACAAGGUAUAUACAAUUGUCGAUCCCAGCUUAAUUAAAGAGACAGAAUGAGUUCAACAAGCAAAGCAUGGUUAGUUGCUGCAAGUGUAGGUGCAGUGGAGGCACUCAAAGAUCAAGGCUUCUGCAGAUGGAAUUACACGAUGAGAUCACUUCAUCAUCACGUCAAGAACAAUCUCAAGUCCUCCACUUCCUCGUUUGCUCAUCAAACCAAGAAGCAGCUGAGCAGUAAUAUUAAGGAUCAGAGUGACAAGGCUAAACAAUCCGAAGAAUCACUAAGAAAAGUCAUGUACUUGAGUUGUUGGGGUCCCAAUUGACCCCCAGAUUCCAUUCGGUUUCGUGCUAAAUUUUGAUAAUCUUGUGUAUUUAUAUGCUACACAAUUUUGGUAGAUAUUCUUGUAUAUUUAUACAAUACCUGUGUAGCGUCAACAAGACUUUGUGAUAAUAUCACUAACAUUGAAAUUUUCUGAUAUUAAA